AUGGCUGUCAACGAGAACCACGAAGCCAUGGCUCAUACAGAAAGCGUACCUGGCACCGUGCACCUCGUGGAUACGGAUCACAACAUCGGAAGUCGCCAUACCAAUGGCGGUGACAUUGUGUUGGACCCUGUCCCUUCCAGCGACCCCAGCGACCCUUUGAACUGGUCCCGUCGUCGGAAGCUCCUUGCUGUGGUGUGUCAGAACUUUGCAUACGUCACAAGCAACGGCCAAUGGCUGGCCAAAUGCAUCCUCCAGGGUUUUUUCAUCGCCCCAAUCGAGGCUCUCCCAGAAAUUUCCGUCACCGACAUAACUUUCACCCACGAGCGAGGCACUUACAUGGGCAUUUAUGCCUUCACACUCGCGGGUAGCAAUUAUUUUGCGCCAGUCAUUUGUGGCUUUAUCGCCCAAUAUCAAGGAUGGCAAUGGGUGUUUUACUGGCCUGCCAUCUUCCUCGGCUUUGUCUUUAUCUUCCUUUUCCUCUUCAUGGAAGAGACAAACUACAACAGAAAAUCCACAGGCGCCAACAGAAAGAUGCCCAUUGCGGUGGCUGACUUCUUUAUAGACGAGAAGAACGCUUCUUCCGCUGCAGGCCCUUCUACAGCGUCUGAAACGGGGGAAACAUUCCCUGCACCGAAGACUUUCGUCCAGAAAAUGUCACUGUGGCAGCCGUCUCCGGGCCAGAGCAUGUUGAGUCGAGCGUUGCGCUCUCUGAGCUACCUCUCGUGGCCUGUCAUCUUUUAUGCCGGAUUCUCCUACGGGUCGUAUCUCAUCUGGUUCAAUGUGCUCAACGCCACGUCUUCAAUCAUUCUGUCUGGUCCUCCGUAUAACUUUCCUCCUUCCAUGGUAGGACUUAGCUAUAUCUCCUGCUUUGUGGGCGUCAUUCUGGGAUCAAUCUUCUCUGGUCGACUAAGCGACUGGCUGACUAUUAAGCUGGCCCGUCAGAACAACGGAAUUAUGGAGUCCGAGUAUCGGCUUUGGCCAUUUUCUCUUUGCGUGGUCGUGGUCCCCGGCGGUCUCAUACUCUGGGGUGUUGGCGCUGCCCAUGGCAUUCACUGGUUUGGUUUGAUCUUUGCCAUGGGUUGCUUGGCCUUCGCGACUACGGUCGGCGUGACUCUGAGUGUGAACUAUCUGAUCGAUAGCUAUCACGAUAUCAGCGGAGAUGCGAUUGUGACUAUCAUCUUGGUCCGCAACACCAUGUCCUUUGCCGUCAGCUACGGAAUCACACCCUGGUUGAUGAACCUUGGUUAUCAGAAUUGUUUUAUCUCUGCUGCUUUCAUCGGCAUGGCCACUUCGUCGGUUUUCUUCGUCAUGAUCAAGUAUGGUAAGAAAUUACGAAUUCGCAGCGCCAGCAAGUAUCACAGGCUUGUCAAUGCCGCAGAGUCGAAAUGGUAG